AUGGAAAAAUCAGAAAAGACAAAUAUUGCCGCGGCAGAUCCGCCGGUAGAUGUAUCCGAGGCAGAGUCCCAGGUCCUGAGCCGUUCAACAAUAUGGCUCGACCGACUGAGAAGAUGGGGAUUAGAAACGCGAGGAAUGCAACCAGUGCCCAUUGAGGAGCGAACUGAUACUCGCUACAUCAACAUAUUCUUCAUGUGGUUCACCAUGAACGUCAACAUCCUGCCUAUCGUCACAGGCAUGCUCGGAACUCUGGGCUUCGGUCUGUCACUGAAAGACUGCUCACUUCUCAUCUUGUUCUUCAGUAUACUAUGCUGUGCUUUCCCGGCGUACUGUAGCACAUUCGGCGCUCGGACUGGCCUGCGACAGAUGCUUAUUUCGCGCUUCACCUUCGGAUACUAUUUGAUCGUCAUCAUGGUCAUCCUCAAUCUGUGUACAAAUGCCGGCUUUGGCAUAAUCUGUUCUGUUACAGGCGGCUCCACUCUUGCUGCUGUUUCGAGUGGUUCCAUCAGCAGCACUGUUGGAAUUGUCAUCAUCUCCAUUAUUGCGAUGGUGGUAUCUUUUAUUGGAUACAAGUUCCUCCAUCAGUAUGAGCGCUACUCGUGGAUUUUUAAUCUAAUAGCCAUUAUUAUUGCUACUGGUGUUGGUGGAAAGCAUCUAAGCAACCAAGUUGAACAGCCAGCUGCAUCGGCCUCUACAAUUGUUAGCUACGGCGGUGUUAUCGCAGGUUUCAUUAUUCCAUUUUCUGCGUUGGCUGCUGAUUUUUCCGUUUACUGCCAUCCUAAAGUCUCUACGUGGCGCAUUUUUGCCUACACCUAUGCCGGAAUAUUCUUCCCUGUCGUGACGCUUAUGGUUUUAGGAGCUGCCAUUGGCGGCGCAACACCCAACGUUGUGUCCUGGAAAGACGGCUACGAUAGAUUCACCGUGGGCGGUGUCAUGCAGGCGAUGCUUCUCCCCGCUGGAGGGUUUGGCCGAUUCGUCGCCGUCUUACUGUCUCUGUCCGUUAUUGGAAACCUCGCAGCAUCUAUCUACUGCAUCUCACUCAACUUCCAGCUGCUGGCCCCCUUCAUGCUGAAGAUACCACGAAGCGUUUUCACCAUUGUCUACACCGUCGUGGGCAUCCCAGUAUCUAUACAGGCCGCCAAGUCCUUCUUCGACAGUCUAGAGAACCUGAUGUAUCUCAUUUCCUACUGGGCUGCAGGUUAUGUGGGCGUCAUUGGUACCGAGCAUUUUGUCUUCCGAAAAGCUGACUUCUCGCGGUAUAACCCAGAUCACUGGGACCAGCCUACCAAGUUGCCAACAGGGCUAGCGGCAAUUGGUGCUAUGGGUAUUGCAUUUGCUUUGACAAUUCCUUGUAUGUCGCAAGAAUGGUAUACAGGUCCUAUUGCCAAGACAACUGGGGAUAUCGGUUUUGAGGUUGAGCUGGUUCUUGCAGCCCUUCUCUACGUUCCCCUGCGAUGGGUUGAACUCAAGUUCCGUCCUAUUUGA